AGGCAGCGGCGCCAGAGGAGGAGGAGCAGGAGGAUGCAGCUGCGACCGCGGCCCCAAGAGGGAGCCGCCGCUGCUCUGUGGCCAGGGGGGCCCAGGGACUGGAAUCAGGCCUGGGGGUCGCGUCGCUGAGGGGACUGGUAACGGCGGUCCCUCCAGAGGCUCAGGCCUAGUACCCCAGGAGGGUCCGGGCCGCUGGGCGAGCGCCUUCCCCCCAUCGCCUCCCCUCGUCCCUCCACGUCGAUGGUGGUGAAGUUGGCGGCGCCACGGAGCGCAAGGCACCAAGCUGUCUCCCUUGCACCCAGCUCCUCUCUGGCCCCGGCUGUUGGACACCUGCGCCGCCGCCUUCUCUCGCCCGCCGAGCCCACCCCCUGCGGCGGGCGGGGGAGGGGCUCCCCCCUGCAGGGGCUGCGUCGAGCAGGGCGACGACGGGGACCAUAGGAGAGUAGGGGUGGAAGAAAUAUGGAUAUGCUGUAUUCUGUUUGAAAGGAUUCAUCAUGAACCAGAAAAAAAUCAAUGAAAAGGGGCAUUUCACCUAGAUUAAAUUUUGCAAUUUUUAAAAAGCAUAUGAACAAAGAAACUAUCCUCCAAACAUCCAAAUAAGGAAGAAUACUUUACCUAACAAUAGGAACAAAUUAAAAAUAAUUGAUUCAGCCUAAGACUUUUUUUUCAGCAAAGAAGUAGUUUAAUAAUUGCAGGGCCAGCCAAAUAAGGAGAAAGGGAAAAAACUUCUCAAACCCAUCUCUCUGAGAAUUUGGAGGCUAGGUUUUUUUAAGGACACUUUGGCAGGCAGGGGAUAGGAAACUUUUAAGAAAUGAUUGACUGGGGAUGAAAUCACAGGGGUACCUAAAACUGUCUUGGCUUAGCUGAGUCAGUUCCUGGGAGGGGGCUGUCUUGGGACCAGGUGGCAUCUCUUGGUCAGCUCUUGGUCUGCUUAUAAAUCUGAAAAAUAUCUCAAAGACCAGUUUUUUUAAGUUUCAUAAUAGUGAUGUUAUCUAUAGGAGUAGUUGGAGAAGUGUAAAACUUGUGACCCCCAGUAAUAUGACUCGGCAGCUGUAAGCAACUUAUAGAAAAACACAUAAAGCAAUGGCAGCAUCCCCAGACAUCUAGACUAUGCCAGCCCUGUCUGCCUUCUGAGAGAGAUGAGACAGAAACCCAUUUCUCAAGCAGUCCCCCCAAAAAGACAGAAUGUGGGACACAUGCCACAACUUUUUCCCUUCCUAGAGAGAAGCUGAGAAUUGGGAGUUUUCACCCUCUCGUUCUAUGCCGAGCUGGGAGGAGGGAGUAUGGAAGAAGCCAAGAAUUGGGAGUUUUCUGCUGAUGAUGCUAUGCUAAGCUGGGCAGUGAGACCAUGGCGAGAAAUAGACUAAAUAGCCAAGUUGCAAGAUACCACUGCUUCUUUUAAGAAUGAUGGGUUUCCCAGGUGAUACUUGAAAGAAGAGAUAAUGACCACCUAUCUCCUUCAUCCUGGUCACACAGGAAGGCUAUGGACUCCUUUUGGCAUUUCUGCCUCAGCAACAGAGGAUAAAAGUCAUGUUGUGAUGGAUAAGUCACAAAAGUAAAAAAUACAGACGUGGACUACAGGCCUCCAAAGAAGAAUUGAGCAUGCUGAGGAUCGAUGCCAGACAUUGGACAUUUUUGAGGUGUUAAGAGACGUGCAUGCUUCCAACAUUGUGAAGAUGUGUGUGCUUUCCAGUCACCUUCCACCAUGACUGUAAGUUUUCUGAGGCUGCCCAGUCAUGCUUCCUGUUAAGCCUGCAGAACUAGCAGAAAGAGUGUUUUCCUAUUGCCACCACAGCUAAGAAUGUGCUGGGUCACACCUGAAGCCAUCCCAGUACCAGGUUUCACCCAAGGCCCAUGGGACUGGUAACAUCUGAACAUACCAAACCACACAGUCAAACUCUUGCACCAUCGCUACCACGACAUUUUACUACAAAAGAAUGCCACUGCAUGUGGAUUCCAAGCAGGCUAAAAAGAAAAAGAACUGAUUAGACCUCAGACGACCCACUAAACGGGAUGACGGCCACAGCUGAGGUAGAGACACCAAAAAUGGAGAAGAGUGCCUCCAAGGAAGAGAAGCAGCAGCCUAAGCAGGACAGCACAGAGCAGGGCAAUGCUGAUUCUGAAGAGUGGAUGAGCUCUGAGAGUGACCCUGAACAGAUAAGCCUUAAGAGUAGCGACAACAGCAAGAGCUGCCAACCUAGGGAUGGUCAGUUGAAGAAAAAGGAGAUGCACUCCAAGCCACACCGCCAGCUCUGUCGAUCACCCUGCCUAGAUCGUCCAAGUUUCUCCCAGAGCAGCAUUUUACAGGAUGGUAAACUUGACUUGGAGAAGGAAUACCAAGCUAAGAUGGAGUUUGCGCUAAAGCUGGGCUAUGCAGAGGAACAGAUUCAAUCAGUGCUAAACAAGCUGGGCCCAGAAUCACUUAUUAAUGAUGUAUUGGCAGAGCUUGUCAGACUUGGGAACAAAGGUGAUUCAGAAGGGCAGAUCAACUUGAGUCUGUUAGUGCCUCGUGGGCCCAGCUCCAGAGAGAUUGCAAGCCCUGAAUUGUCUCUUGAAGAUGAAACAGAUAACAGUGACAAUUUGAGGCCAGUUGUCAUUGAUGGAAGUAAUGUGGCAAUGAGCCAUGGGAAUAAAGAAGAAUUCUCCUGCAGAGGAAUACAACUUGCUGUGGAUUGGUUUCUAGAUAAAGGCCAUAAAGAUAUUACUGUAUUUGUGCCUGCAUGGAGAAAGGAGCAAUCCCGCCCUGAUGCACCAAUUACAGAUCAAGAUAUUCUACGAAAACUGGAGAAGGAAAAGAUUCUUGUCUUCACACCAUCCCGAAGAGUCCAAGGCAGGAGGGUUGUCUGCUAUGAUGACCGGUUCAUAGUCAAACUGGCUUUUGAUUCUGAUGGCAUCAUUGUGUCCAAUGAUAACUACCGAGACCUUCAAGUUGAAAAGCCAGAAUGGAAGAAGUUUAUAGAGGAGCGGUUGCUGAUGUAUUCUUUUGUGAAUGACAAAUUUAUGCCUCCAGAUGAUCCAUUAGGACGCCAUGGCCCAAGCCUUGAAAAUUUCUUAAGAAAGAGACCCAUUGUUCCUGAGCAUAAGAAGCAACCAUGUCCUUAUGGCAAAAAAUGCACCUACGGCCACAAGUGCAAAUACUACCAUCCGGAGCGGGCCAACCAACCCCAGCGUUCGGUGGCUGAUGAGCUCCGCAUCAGUGCCAAACUGUCCACAGUGAAAACUAUGAGUGAAGGCACCCUGGCCAAGUGUGGCACAGGGAUGUCUAGUGCCAAAGGUGAGAUAACCUCAGAGGUCAAACGUGUGGCCCCCAAGCGCCAAUCAGAUCCCAGCAUCCGGUCUGUGGCUGUGGAGCCUGAGGAAUGGCUGUCCAUUGCCCGUAAGCCUGAGGCUAGUUCUGUCCCCUCGCUUGUGACUGCCCUAAGUGUUCCCACAAUCCCACCCCCCAAAAGCCAUGCAGUGGGUGCACUCAACACCCGUUCGGCCAGCAGCCCAGUGCCAGGAUCCUCCCAUUUCCCCCACCAGAAGGCCUCUUUGGAGCAUAUGGCCAGCAUGCAGUAUCCUCCCAUCCUGGUUACCAACAGCCAUGGGACCCCUAUUAGCUAUGCUGAGCAAUACCCAAAGUUUGAAUCCAUGGGGGACCAUGGCUACUAUUCAAUGUUAGGUGACUUCUCCAAACUGAACAUCAACAGCAUGCAUAACCGAGAGUAUUACACGGCUGAAGUAGACCGGGGGGUGUAUGCCCGGAAUCCUAACCUCUGUUCUGACAGCCGUGUGAGCCAUACCAGGAAUGACAACUAUUCCUCUUACAACAACGUGUAUUUGGCUGUAGCUGAUACCCAUCCUGAAGGCAAUUUGAAGCUGCACCGCUCAGCAUCCCAGAACCGACUUCAGCCUUUUCCUCAUGGUUACCAUGAAGCCUUAACACGAGUGCAGAGCUAUGGCCCAGAGGAUUCUAAGCAAGGCCCCCACAAACAGUCAGUCCCCCACUUAGCUCUGCAUGCCCAGCACCCAUCAACUGGAACACGUUCCAGCUGUCCUGCAGACUACCCCAUGCCUCCCAAUAUCCAUCCUGGGGCAACCCCCCAGCCAGGCCGUGCCCUGGUGAUGACUCGGAUGGAUAGCAUUUCUGACUCCCGCCUCUAUGAGAGCAACCCCGUGAGGCAAAGACGACCUCCCCUGUGCCGGGAACAGCAUGCCAGCUGGGACCCGCUGCCCUGUGCAACUGACUCCUAUGGCUACCACUCCUAUCCCUUGAGUAACAGCCUCAUGCAACCAUGUUAUGAGCCAGUCAUGGUACGGAGCGUGCCUGAAAAGAUGGAGCAGCUUUGGAGGAAUCCUUGGGUUGGAAUGUGCAAUGAUUCCAGGGAGCAUAUGAUCCCAGAGCACCAGUAUCAGACCUACAAGAACCUCUGCAAUAUUUUCCCUUCUAACAUCGUCCUUGCAGUGAUGGAGAAGAAUCCCCACACAGCAGAUGCCCAGCAACUGGCAGCCUUGAUUGUUGCUAAGCUUAGGGCUGCGCGUUGAUAUGACAUAGUACUUAUUUCUUUAUACAAAUAUGAAUAUUAAUACUAAUAAUACACUAAUACAAUAAUUAUAGUAACUAAUAAUUUGUGUUGCGCUUUACAAGUUAGAGUGUUUAUAUCAUUUAAGCGCUUAACAACCCUGUGAGGUACGUCUUACUAACAUCCUCUUUUAUAGAGAAGGAAGGUGAAGGUCAGUGAAAUUAAGUGGCUAGCCAGGGUCACACUGCUAGCAAAUGACUAAGUCAAGACACACACCCAAGUCCUCUAAAUCCAAGUCCCAUGCCCCUUUGCACUGCACCAUGCAGGUAAUGGAGGACAAAACCCAGGGGGAGAGGUCUAGAUGUAAGAAAUCCCAGAGGAUUCCAUUACCAGAGUUUUCCUUUUUUUCUUUUCGUUUCUUUUUUUUUUUUUUUGAGACAGAGUCUCACUCUGUUACACAGGCUGGAGUACAGUGGCACUAUCUCUGCUCACUGCAACCUCCGCCUCCAGGGUUCAAGUGAUUCUAUGGCCUCAGCCUCCCAGGUAGCUGGGAUUACAGGCGUGCACCACCAUGCCCGGCUAAUUUUUGUAUUUUUAGUAGAGACGGGGUUUCACCAUGUUGGCCAGGCUGGUCUCAAACUCCUGGCCUCAAGUGAUCCGCCCACCUUGGCCUCCUAAAGUGCCGGGAUUACAGGUGUGAGCCACUGCGCCCAGCCUACCAGAGUUUUCGUAGUCACAUAUUCUAUAUUACAAAGUAUGGAUGAUAUAUCCAAUUUAGAGAGCAAAAGCAUCAGGAUCAGAUCAUAUGUUGAAUUAACCUUUUAGGUUUUUUCUAAUAGAAAUAUUUAAAGCUAUUUAAAAGUAAAUGCAUACUUUAUUGCAUGGAUAUCUGAUCAUUCAAUCUUUAUUAAUGAAACUAUAGGGUCACAUUGAAGCUUCUAGAACUAUAUUUUAAAGCUAUUAUUAGCAAUUAUAUUGCAUGUAUGAAUAUAUAUAUUUGGUUUGAGAUGUGUGUGUAUCUCUGUAUAACCUUUUAUAUAGUGAUAAUGAGAGGGUAGGCUCUACACAGUCCUUCGUCUAUAGCUGUAUAGGUCACUAAUCUGACUUGAUGAUUUUAAGUCACAUUUCAUAGUUUUAACUAGUUAUGAGAGAGAAAUUAUAUGGCAAUAUUUGAACAUUGCUUUCUUAGGCACCAGAGCAAAGCAACUCUGUUUCCUUUGCACAUUUUACCUGCCAACAUUUAUUAACAGUUCUUACCUUCCAAGUCUCUUCACCUUAGCAAAUUAGGGAUCAGGUUGCAGUCUUCUGCAGAGAAACUGAUGGUUAAGCUCAAGUUCCAAGCAUAGUAUGUGUGUGCUACACAAGCUCAGAAGAGUUUGACAAGGACCAGGGGACUUUUACUACCACAAUCCACUUCCCUUAUCCCAGGAGAGAUGGCCAAACCCAUGUGGCAUUAAAUGGUGAAUAAAAAAGCUUCACUCAAGGAGGGACUAUUGGACGCUCUUUGGACUUCUGACCUAUGCAGUAUUCAACAUCAUUGGAUGAAAUGUAAUGGAGGACAGUGCACAGCCAUGUAUCCACUUUCUCUUCCUGUCCACCCUUUGGGUAAUAAGGUCAAUCAUUGGUGGAACAGAAUUUCUCUAGGAAACAAAACCAGGGGAUUUUAUUUGUGGAAAAAGGAAGUUUCCAAAAGGUGAUACUGCAUCUUUACUAAUAGCUGGCUCAGUUACGCACUUUAAAUCCAUGCAAAGAGUGCACUUGCUGUUAAAUAAUUGUUAGAUGAGUUAUUAGAAGGCAGGACUUUUGGUUUGGGCGACACCAUUUGCGCAACUUGUAUCUUGCUCAGGUGGAAAACUUCAUAGCUAAAUGCCUCUAGAAGAGGUGUUUAUUGUUUUUUUUAAGCUGCACUAAAUGAAUUCCCUUUUUGAAUCCAUUGUAUAUUUCAAUAUUUCGAACCAUGAUCAGCUCACUAUUUCCUGAGCUGGAACUUGCUAACUUCUAUGAUCGUUUUUUCAUGAAAGUUGAGAAGGCCGGGCCUUGGCCUUUUGUUUCUUCAUGAGAAGGUGUGACACUGCCUAUAAAUGUUUCUUACUGUGAAACACUCUGAAUGUGAGGCUGUAGUCAGGGUUGUUUCUGGUGGUUUGACAAUGGCUUGCAUGCUGCUUUCUGGCUUUCUGUCUCUGUCCAAGUUGAUCAAUACUGCAUCUUAACCAAUGUUUCACUUGAGUUAACCACAGCUUUACAUUCUAUCUCCUAUCCUCUGAUCUUCGUAUACCCCAGCAUAUUGAAAAAGAGUAAAAGUAUUUUCUAUCAGGUAGAUCCACAGAGUGACAGUUGCCACUGCAGUGCUUGCUAUUUCACACAAACACCAUUUCAUACCUUCAACUUCUUGGACUUUCUAAAUCGGACUCGUGUCUAAAUCAGGGUAUUUGACAAUCUCAGAUGACGCUACUGCCUAUUUGCCAGUUAGUUCAUCUUCCUACCAAGAUCAUGAAUGGCACACUAUCCACUAGCUGUACAAUUUACAGAGAAGCACAAGAUUCAUCUUGUCACCUACAAUUCGUCUUGAACAUGUUCAUAUUUAGUACUCAGAAACUGUGUAAGCUCCUCCCAAUACAGAAAAUAUUUUUUAAGGCAGCAUAUGUAUUUCUGAUUUACUAAAAACGAUUGUCAUUCUCCUCUCAUUCUUCUUUUUGGUAUGAACCAAAAGCGGCUAGGAGCAAUGCCUCAAAUAACCAGAAAUGACCUUUUGUUGAUACAAAUUGUAUCUCUUUUUUUCCUGAUUGUAUAGAAACAAAUGUACAAAACUCAUCUUAAGCUAGGUUUGGCACUGAAUUUUCACCAUGAGGUUUGUGGCACUGUGUGUCACAGGGAAGUAGCUCAGGGGUUGUGAGGGAGCUUUUAUUUCUAAAGGGCAGUAGUAAUUUAUAGACAAAAACAAUUUUUCAAGGCCUCUUUAUUACCACUGCACAGCUAUCAUGUGUAAAAUUUCAAGCAUUAUAUUGCAUAAGUUCUCUUUAGCCUAUUAAAUUUAAUAUGUCCUUGCAAAAGGGAUUUUGUGUAAAAAGUGUCAGUGUUAGUGACUCAUCUGCAAGAAUCUACAAAUGGAGCUAUACAACUAUGAAUACAUAAAUACAGCAUGGUUCCUAGUUAUUAGAGAAACAUUUUCUUUAUAUUGAGGUCUACGCACUUCUUGACUUUCCAUUUUGUCUGUAAUUAUAAAACAGCAAAUAACAAAGAAGCAUUGGGACCCCCUCGGCUGCCUUGAUAAUAAAAUCAAGCUUCCUUCAUGGGACUAAGCAUGUGUCCUUCAGGAUACUUACCUCUAAGCACUCAGCAGGGGUUACUACAAAGCGUUUUGUGUGGUUUUCAAAAAACAGUAUAUUUUGCAAGAGGUGCUUUGUAAUUUUAAUUAUUUCACUGAUUUUCUGACCUCAUAGGAAGUUUGUGCCUGUUGAGGCCUUCAAUUUUGUAGCUUUUCUGAUUUUUUUUCUUCUUUUUGUGAUUUUGUUGUUGUUUUCAUUUUGAUCUAAAGGAGAAGUGUGACCCCGGAGUGGCAUGGUCAAUCCAGGGCACCCUUUCUGUAAGACAACUCAAAGGAAAAGAAGCCUUUUCAAAGGUAAUAUCGAGCCAUUGCACUCUCUCUUAAGGUGCCAGGUAUGGGAGAAUGACAGAUGCCUUAUGGAAAUGGUCUACAAAACUUUUCUUCUUCUAAGUAAUAAAACACAUAGCAUGAUUCUCUCUCCCUCUCUCUCUCUGCCCACCCCCUGCUAGUUUCCAGGAGAAUACUUCUCUAAAAUUCAUUUUUUUCUAUUUUGGAAUAAAUUAUCUUUAUACAGUAAUUCAAACACUGAUUUCCAUUAACCUUUGGCCCUGAGUUUUCUUCUAACAUAGAAGAGUUCAUUUUGAGAGGCACUCAGUUACCAUUCAAUCUGUGCUGUAAGUAUGGGACUUUGUACAAAUGCCCUUUUUGAGGGCCAAAAAUUUCAAUACACUUUGUUCUACUUUGUGAACCAGGUCUGGAUCUGCACAGAGAAAGUAAUGCUGAGCUGUCCAAAGAAUCCGCUCAGGUCUCCCUCCUAACCCUCCUCUGCCUUCCCCUAGUUUGCUUAUCCUCACGUCUGACACUGAGGAGUGCAUAGUCUUCAACUGAAAUGGCACUACAGUUAGUUCUCAUUGGAAACAAACAAGUGUAUUUCUGGAACCUGCUCGUCUAAAAUAGUCAAUGCCUUUGUAAAGACUCAGCAUAUUCAAUAUCUAUUGUAUGGUAGCUAGCUAUAUACAUAGAUUGACUAUUUUUAGUCCUGGUUUGUGUAUUGUUGAGCUAUAGUAGUUUGCUUUAUCCAUUUGUGGGAUUAAACAAUACUGUUUAAUGGUUGUAAACUUUUAUAAAAUCUCUUUGGGUUUUUUGUUUGACCCAAACAUAAUGUAAGUCUUAAUGACAAAAUACACAAAGUUAACCAGAGGUGAGUGAAAAUAUAGCCCUUCCCCAGUUUUGUCUGCCCCUAUAAUGCACGUGCAUUGCUUUGUAAUAUGCUCUCACUAGCAUGAAUGUGCUAUGACUACUUCAUGAGGUUUUGUUUCACCUAUAAUUGUGAUGGAAAAUGCUGUAUUGCUGACAACAAUGAACUGUAACCACAGUUAUUUACUGCAUAAACUAUUUGUCUACUAAC